AUGCAAAAGCUGCAUAGCCUUCAUCAUGGGUUUCAUCAACUGAUUGCUAGCGAGGAGUUCACCAGCGUUAUGGACAAUGAAUUAGAUGAAGACGAAACAUUUCGAGAGAAACUGAGUCAGUUUCUCAACUCGAAAGGGACACUGUUUCUGAUCAGCGUCCUCAUCAUCCUUGACUGUGUUGUUGUGGUCUUGAUCCUGAUGCUGGAGCUGGAGGUCCUGUAUGUUGGCAAGGGCUACCAAUUCCUCCAUAGCUUGCUGCAUCACAUGAGCCUGAGUAUCCUCGCUAUCUUUGCCAUUGAGAUCCUCUUCCGCAUUUACGCCAGAGGCUUGUAUUUCUUCAAAAGCGUUUUGGAAGUGACCGACGCCCUUGUCAUCUACAUCUCUUUAAUCAUGGACGUGGUGUUUACAUUUUACGGAAGCAAUACUUUAUCUGCCGGGGUUAAGGUUGUCAUUGUGCUUCGCUUUUGGCGAAUCACAAGAAUAAUUAACGGUAUAAUUGCAGUAGUGCGGACCAAUGCCAGACAGAGUAUAAGAAGGGAACGACGAGCCUCGUUAAAUUAUUGCAGGAAGCUAGAAAAGUAUAAACAGCUCAGCAUCGAACAGAACGAAGAAAUUCAAAUUCUACAAAGGAUUUUGCUAGAGAACAAUAUAUUCUUUCACCCAGUCAUCAUUAAAUUCCAUACUACAUAA